AUGGUCAAAAUAGAUGGGAUCGAGCUCGACGAUUUCUACGCCGUCAAGCGGCCGUACAAUGGCUCGGCCGAGACUGGGGGAGAUCCUUUGGUGCAGGACUUGAACGUGUGGUAUCAUACGGGCGAUAUCGCCUUUGUCAUCACAAGCACGGCCAUGAUGCUGCUCAUGAUACCGGGGAUCGGUUUGUUCUACUCUGGUCUCGCACGGCGCAAGUCAGCACUCUCGCUUAUGUUCCUCUCCAUCCUGUCCUUGGCCGUGACGACGGUACAGUGGUUCGUCUGGGGGUACUCGCUAUCUUUCUCGCGGACGGCCAACGCCUUCAUCGGCGACCUGAGCAAUGCCGGGUUACAAAACGUCCUGGCGCGGCCGUCCAUCGGGCGGGAGCGCAUCCCGGACCUCCUCUUUGCCGUGUACGAGGGAAUGCUGUCGUCGCUGACGGUGGCGCUCGCCGUGGGCGCGGCGGCCGAGAGGGGCAGGGUCCUGCCUGCAAUCGUCUUCAUGUUCGUCUGGGCGACGCUCGUCUACGACCCCAUCGCCUGCUGGACCUGGAACCCAGCCGGGUGGUCGUUCAGGAUGGGCGGGCUCGACUACGCGGGCGGUACGCCCGUCCACAUCGCCUCCGGCGCGGCGGCAUUGGCGUACUCGAUGAUGCUGGGCCCGCGGCGGGGGCACGGCACGCACGAGCUGAAUUUCCGGCCGCAUAACGUCGCUCACAUCGUCAUUGGGACUGUGUUUUUGUGGUUCGGGUGGUUUGGGUUUAAUGCCGGGUCGACGCUCGCGGCGAGCCUCCGCGCCGUUGUCGCUGUUGUCGUCACGCACCUGACAGCGUGCAUCGGGGGGCUUACCUGGUGUCUUAUGGACUAUCGGGUGGAGAGGAAGUGGUCUGCUGUAGGGUUCUGCUCUGGUGUUGUUGCAGGGUUGGUGGCCAUCACUCCUGGAUCGGUCCUGACCUUCACCACCGCUUACACACCCUUCUCCAUGCGCUCAGGCUACGUCUCCGUCUGGGCAGCAAUACCCUUCGGGAUCUUGGGCGCAUCCAGCGCCAACCUCGCCACACGGCUCAAGUUCACCCUCGGCAUCGACGACGCGCUCGACAUCUUUGCGGUGCACGGCGUGGCCGGGUUCGUGGGCAACAUCUGCACCGGGAUCUUCGCCGUCAACCCGGUGGUGGCGCUCGACGGGCCCUCGGCCAGCAGCACCGGCGACGGCUUCGCGGGCGGCUGGAUCGACGGGCACUGGGUCCAGAUCGCGUACCAGCUGGCGGGCUCCUUUGCGGGCCUGGCCUACUCCUUCAUUGUUAGCUGCGCCAUCCUCGCCGCCCUGGACCGCAUCCCGGGCUGCCGCCUGCGCGCGACCGAAGAGGAUGAGGUCGUGGGCAUGGAUGCGGCCGAGAUGGGCGAGUUUGCCUACGACUACGUGGCGCUGUCUCGCGAGCUGCUACUGCUGCCGGGCGAGGGGGAUGGUGGCAGCGACGGGACCGUCGGGACUGCUACCGGUGCUGGUGCUGCUUUCUCGCGCCCGUCGGCCAUGGCGGCGAGGCAUAGCCGGUGGCUCUCUGGUGGGCGGGAGCCGGUUCAGGUCGAUGAUGGCGAACCACCUAUGAAGCCGACGACGGCGAGGCUUGGUUCCGAUAGCAGCAUCGUGGGUCGGUACUGA